CAGGGCACGACCCGACUUCCUAUUCCGCCCCUGCCAAAACCCUGGAGGAGGGAGGAUGUUUUACUUCUCGCGGGAUUUCGCUACACUCCGGAAGCCAAUUGGUCGAAGAGAACUUGGGUGGGCGGAGUCGUGCCCCCACACGGGGCAGAGAGGAGACUGGGGCAGAGGGAGGGGCAAAGAGCAAGAAGUGGUAGGCCACGCCUCCUGUCCUCAGGGGAGAGGGGCGUGCGUAAAUGCCCAGAUUCCCCGCCCCCUUUCCUCGGGCCGGUCCGGAGCUGGGUUCGAGCUUUUGCCUGUACGCGCGCGCGCGCGCGCGUGCGUCAGCACGCCGGACGCAGUAACGCGAUGGAGUUGAGGCUGCUGUUCCUGCUGCUGCUCCUGGCAGGACCCAGCUCGGGCAGCUCGGGCAGCUCGGGCCUGCUGCCCCUCGUCGUCAACACUUGGCCUUUUAGGGGUGCAGCCGUGGCAGCAUGGCAAAAACUACAAGCUGGAGGUUCUCCAUUAGAUGCAGUUGAAAAGGGAUGUGCUUGGUGUGAGAGAAAUCAGUGUGAUGGCAGUGUGGGAUUUGGUGGAAGUCCUGAUGAAUAUGGAGAAACAACAUUGGAUUCUAUGAUUAUGGAUGGCACCACCAUGGAAGUAGGAGCAGUAGCUGAUCUCAGACGAAUUAAAAAUGCUAUUGGUGUAGCAAGAAAAGUAAUGGAACAUACAAAACACACACUUUUAGUGGGAGAAUCAGCUACCCAGUUUGCUGAAAGUAUGGGAUUUGCAAAUGAGGAAUUAUCUACUAAUGCUUCUCGUUCUCUCUAUUUCAACUGGCUGAACAACAAAUGUCAGCCAAAUUUCUGGAAGAAUGUUAUACCAGAUGCAUCAAAGUUCUGUGGACCAUAUAAACCAUCUAGAGUCCUAAAACACCACCUUCACACGUCUGAGAAAAUAAAUAUUCACAGUCAUGAUACUAUUGGCAUGGUUGUAAUCAGUAAGACAGGACAUAUUGCUUCUGGCACAUCCACAAAUGGUGCGAAGUUCAAAAUACCUGGUCGAGUUGGGGAUUCUCCAAUAGCAGGAGCUGGCUCUUAUGCUGAUAGCACUGCUGGAGGGGCUGCUGCCACUGGAGAUGGUGACAUUAUGAUGCGCUUUUUACCCAGUUACCAAGCAGUAGAAUAUAUGAGAAAAGGAGAAGAUCCAACUUUAGCUUGUCAGAAAGUUAUUUCCAGAAUCCAGAAAUAUUAUCCUGAGUUUUUUGGGGCAGUUAUAUGUGCCAAUACAACUGGAAAUUAUGGUGCCGCCUGCAACAAACUUCCAGGAUUUUCUCAGUUUCGUUUCAUGAUUUAUCAUCCUCUGCAAAGUCAGCCAAUUGAAGAAAAAGUAGACUGCAUUUAAUUCUUCUUUUCUGUCAACAUCUAUAUUUAAAAGAUGAAGGAAGAAACAAAGGCUGUAAAGGUUCACUAGCUGCCAUUUUUGAACAUAUUCCUGCUCUAUACUAUAUUCCCUUGUGUCCGUAUGAGCAUCAGAGUAAAUUUGUGCUGACAUGGCACUCUCUACGUUCUCCACUUGAAUUUUGUUUACCCUGUCAAAAUGCUAUUUAAACUCUCUUACUUUGUCAGAAUGUGAGAAAACAUAUAUAUAUAUGGAUUAUAUGAUUUUAAGAAUUCUUUUCUCCCUGAGCUUAAUGAAGUUAAUAUAUUGAGAGAUCAUAUUGUGGUACAGCUGAGAAAUGAUCACUGUCUAUAGUCAGAAAAUUUGGUUUCAGAUCUUAGCUCUGAUGAUUCCUAUUUGGAUAAAUCACUUAACUUAUCUGAGCUUCAGUUUCCCUCUUCUGUAAAAUAAGGACUAGAUGGCCUCUUAUAACUUAGAAUUCAUGAACAGAGAAAGAGAAAAAGAUAGCUAGAUGACUACUGUUUUAAUUGGUUUAUGCUGUUAUCCUAAAUUUUUUUUAUCUUAUGCAUUUAAAAGUUUUAUUCUGAGAAGGGAGCUAUAAGCUUGACCAGAUUGCUGAGAACAUUUAGUUGAAAACAGCAUUGAGAACCCCUGCUCUAACAUCCCUUCAGCUCUAAAUCUUUAAUUCUAUGAGUGUUCAUACUAUUACCAUCGAAUCGUUUUUAGGAAUCUUUUUGCCAUCCCCUUAAAAAUAAAACAAACCCACAAAUGUCUCCAUAAGUGGCAUUCUUUUUGAAAUGUCCAAGUAUUUCAGUUGAGGAGCUAAAAUGAGGCAAGGCAUGAUUAGUCAUGAUUGAAUUUCUGUAUGUUACAGUGAUUUAUCCCUUAUCACUGAUUAUUGUUCCUCUUAUAUCUAGCUUUAGCAUCUGCCUUCUGGCAACUUGGAAAGAGAAGAUUUCAGUAUAGCAUCUCAUUUCCCUUCCAUUUCUGCUCUUUCCUUAAUACUCUAGAUGCUUUUGUGUGUGUAAUGGAAAAUGUGGGCAGUGUGCUGAUGAGCAGUUUUAUUGAUUAACUUGCUCUGUGUCCAUCUGAAGGAGCUCUUGUGGUGGAUAGGCAGGGUUCUCAAACCAUGUUUCCAUUAUUAUCUUUUACCAACUUGCUGCAUUUCUAAUAGCAGUAGUCCAUGUGGAAAGUGUUUUAAUUUGGGAAACAUCAUCUUUGAUUGAGUCUCCCCAUCCCUUAGAGGUUCUCUUCUUCUACCCCACCUCCACCCCCUAUUCCUAGCACUACCACCAUUUGGCAUAUAGAAAUCCUUUGCUUUGCUUGGGAUGUGUGUACUUUCUCCUGAUAAGUAUUCUUGAAUCCUUCAAGUUCACACUCAGUGGUAAUUUAGAAGUUAUUAAUACAAAUUACUUGUUAUUAGCUGGCAUUCAGUUUUCUUAGCAUAUUAACUUUUACUGUUCUGUAGCUACAAAUGUGGGUUUGGAGGCCAGCCAUAGGAAAAUGCCACAAUUUCACACUAAAUGCUAGUCAUAUAUUGUAAUCAUCCCUUAAUGACUCCUGUGAUGUGCAGCACACUUGAGUUUGUGUAGAGGGUGCCUUAAAAGGUGUCUUUCAAAGCAAUGUUAAAUUUCCCCUUUGCUAUAAAAAUAAUAAUUCAUAUUUAUAUGCUACUUUACAGUUUACAAAAUUCUUUCCUCAUAGCAGGGAGGCAGCAGAGUCUAGUGGAUAGAGUGUUAACCUUGAAACUAGGAAGGCUUGGGUCUGAGUCCUUCCUAUCUGUGAUACAGUAAUACUUGAUGAGCUUGAGCAAGUCCCACAAUCUCUCUGUGUUCUGGGCAGUUCUCUAAAACUAAGUUGUGGAACAUGUGCAAUUCUGUGUGGGAGAAGGGGGUUCCCUAUACUAAGGAAACCAGUAGAUCUCUAUCUCAAGUGGAUAAUUUCAGUGUCUAGACUACAUAAACCUAACCCAUUUAUAAGGCUGAGGGAUUUGGAUGGAGUUCUGAUAAUAUUUCCAGUCAGAGACUUUAGUCAGAUUUACCAGUCAAAUGAAAUAAUACAUGUAAAGUUCUUGCAAACCUUAAAGAUUUGUACAGAUACUAGCUAUUUUUAUUAAGUGCCCAGAGGUAUGUGUGGUGAUGUGCAGGGUGUGUGGUUUCCCCCCUUCUGUCUGUUUUUACUGCUAACAUAAUAUAGCAUAGAAGAAGCUCAGCAGGCUAUAAAUUUGAUGAGUAGAUCAUAGGGACACACUAGUGGCUCAUUUCCUGUUAAAAUAAUUCUUAGCAUUGCUAGCCAUAUAGGAUUAAUUACACCUUCCACCUGGGCUACUGAAAAACACUUCACAGUUAAAUAUCCUUCUGAAGAUAGGAUGCAAAGCAUCUGAAGAUUCCCAGAGGGACUCUUGACAAUGUUUAGACCACAAAUUAGAUGUUUGUGAUUCUUAAUCUAAUCUAACCAGAAGGCUACAUUCUUUCUGACUUUGUAAAACCUUAACACUUAUUUGCAAAUUCAUUAGAAUUAAAAAUACAGGGAGUAUGCUAGAUUUUUACUUAUCCUAAAUCAGUUUAAUGGUUACAGGCCCUAGGUGGACAGAGAGUGGUUUCUGUUCUCAGUAUUAGCAGCCUAGUUCUCACUGAUAGCUAAGAUUUAGUCACAUGAAUUAGUUUUCUUGUGUUAUUUUUUUUAAAUUACAGAAGACGUGACUCUCUUGCUAGGCUAAAUAAUUCAGUUCUCUGUCACCAUUCCUGCAUGCCCUUCAUUUCUUUGCUUCAAGAAUUACCUGGUGUAAUUGUUUUCAGAAUUUAAUUGAAAAUUAAAACUUUAUUAAAAGUGAGCUAACAAAAGAUAUGGAGAAUGGUCUUUUUUUCCCCAUGAUAAUAGUAUUUUUUCCCCAUGAUAAUAGUAUUAAAGGAAGCAUUCCAACACCUUCACUAGACUCGUUGUGAUAAAAUCUGGGGAAAGAUGCAAGUGAUUCACUGUAAUAAUAAUAGCUAGUAUGUGUACUUUAAUAUUUGCCAAGCAUUUUCAAUGGUUAUUUUAUCCUUAGCAGUCCUAGAAAAUAGGUGCUCUUUUUAUCCCCAUUUUACAGAUGAAAAAACUGAGCCACACAGAAGUUAAAUGAUCUUCCCAGGGCUGGUAAAUAAGGAUGAAUUCAGGUCUUCCUUACUUUCAGCCUAGCACUGGCCACUAUUCCAGUGAGAUCCUGAAUGAUGUUUUAGACUAAGAAAAACUAAAGAAUUGAUCCCUGAGGCAAGCAAGCAAAAGGCUCUGAUAGAGGUAAGUAUAGCUCCACAGUCCUACCUUUUGGGGAGGUAUCUAGUCUGAAAUCCAAGUUAAGCCCAACUCCUGAGAUCCACUCUGUGGAAAUCUCAGUGAUGUCCCUGAGGUUCAAUUUUCCUUAUAAAAUCUACUUGUGAGCCAUCCCAUGGCUGCUGCCUUCCUUUGGGUCAGCCUGCCAGGGCACUCUGUCUUGUGUUCUCUUUUGCCUUACCUCUUCUUCCCCAUGCCACAUAGUAUCUCCCCCAAUUCCACUAUACUUCCCCACUUCUUACAGCUAACUAGCUUUUUUUGGGUGCUAAGUCCCAGGAUUUAGUCUACCAGCCAAGGGCAUGCCCCAACCACAUGGAGGAUUCCCUUUUUACUGGUAAUUGUGGAGUCCAUUGAGGAAUUUGACUUUCAUAUGCUCUCCCACUCGAUUUCAUAUUUACUAUUUCAGAUAUAUAUUGUAUUCUUUCAUUUUGUCUGUAACCACUUCCCUAAAUAAAUCUAUCUUUUGCUAAAGAGAAUGGCUAUUUGGGAUUCUUCACAUGAGUGAAACCCAACUUUUAGGACCUGCCAUCAUUUGAUCAUAGAUCACAUCAAUAUCAUUUAGCUACCUACCUAAAAGAGGGACAUAUGAAUGGACUGUGAAAUGCAGCAUUGGAGGCAACUCCCAAAUCAUUGACCACAUUUAAAAUUAGUUUUAAAUUGUCAGUAUUUAAAGAAUAUUGUAUUCUGAUAAUAAUAAUAAGCCAUACACGUAAAAUAAAAAAAACAUUGAAGAAAGGAAUAGUAAUGAAAUACAACUGACUGCACUGAUAAAAUCAUAGAAUAUCCACCCUUUUAAAGCCGUACAUUACAUGAAAACCAAAGAAAGUUUUUCAAACUCAAAAGAAAGAAGAUGGGAUAAAAAAAACCAAAAGAGGGAAGAAGAAUGGGGAUGUAUAUUUACAGAUAAGUAAAUAUAUGCAAAAUAAAUGCAAAGUGAAGGAGUAGAAUGAGGGGUGGGUAAGGAGGUUGCCACUACUAACUGGGGGAGUCAGAAAAAGUUUCUUGAGGAAGGCAGCUCUUAAUGAACUGAUCCUUGAGUUCUAAGACUGAGCGAUGAGGAGGAAAAGCACUCCAAGCAUAUGUGAGAGAGGGAAUGUCCUACAUGGGGAUCAGCAAAUAGGUCAUUUAGGCUACGGUGUCAAUCACAUGAUGAAGUACAAAAUGUAAUCAGUAUGGAAAGGUUGGCUAGAACCGGAUUAUGCCUUACAUACCAAGCAAAGGAGUUCAAAUUCCUUUCCUGUGGCUAAUGGUGAGCUACUGGUAUUUCUUGAAUAGAGAUGUGAUCAGACCAGUGCUUUGGGAGUGCAAUUCAGGUUUGUUGGAGGAUAGAUAGGGCAAGAGAUGUGAGAGGAAAACAAUAGAGGCUGAUUCUAUCAUCUUCUUUAGCUGUCAAUAUCUUCCUUUUGUCUUGAACAGGAUUUCUUAACCUUUUGGGGAUCCCUUUAGCAAGUUGAUGAAGCCUUUGGGACUCUUCUUAGAAUAAGGUUUUAAAAUGCCUAAAAUAAAAUUGAAUUAAAAAGCAAACCAGUUAUUUUGAAAAAAAAAAAAAAAAAUUACGUCUUUAUAGGCUCCAGGUUAAGAAUCUCUUGGCCUAGUUCUUUUAUAAUGCAUAGAAAUUGCAAAGUUGGAGCUGGCUUGUGUGUGCGUACUUGGGCACACUUGUGGUUGUGUGUGUAAAAGGGGGGAGAGGAGGAGGAGAAAGACAGUAAAAAUGCACUUAUUUUAUCUGUUAAAGAAACAGUUUUUGAAAAAUUAACAUCGAAUGUGGUGAUUUCUCUUUGAGUUUCAGAAAAUGCUAAAUAUGUCCUAUACUUUUAAUCUUUGAUUUUCUUUUUAAUGUGUCUUAGAGUCUGAUAUUGAUCAAUUAGAUUAAGAGCUGAGGACUUAAUUGGAUUCAUCUAAUAACUUUGAUAUUUUAAUUAACUGCUUAUUUGAAUAAAGCAACUAUUGGGUGACAUAAAUAUAUCUUAAUCAGAAACUAAUUGUGAAGGUAGAUUAAGAUAUAUAUUUUUACCCUACAUGUGGUUUACUGACUUUACCUGUGUCAAAAAAAUAUGCUUCUUAGAAACUUUUUUUAAGUUAUACAGAAAAAGUACAGUUUUCUUUUUUUUUACUCCUGCCUGUGCCAUUACUGCUCUACUACUGUUGAGCAUACUUUUCUGUCUUUAUGAUAGACAGUUAAAUUUUUAAAAAAGCAUGAGCUAAUGAGGGCUACCAAAAAAAGUGUGCUUGGUUGAUUUGCAGUUAAUAUGCUCUCUUCCACCAAGCAGAGUCUAGACAGAUUUAGAAAACCAUUUUUCUACUGUGCCAGUUGAUAAAUGCUUCCGUAUACAACUCAGGGUCAGCAAGGGAGAGGAAUGCUAUAAUUCAGUGUUUAGAAAAUGCAUGCUCAUUUGAAGGGGAAAAUAAUUGCCACAUUCAAAGUGGGUAUAAUGGAAGUUAAAGCUGCUGUGAUCAACUAUUUGCUUCUGUAUUAAAGGGAAAGGAAGUAGUUUAUAGUUCUAAUGCAUGAACGCUGCACCAAAAAAAAAAAAAAAAAAGUGGUCAAAUAGUCUGAACUUGUGACCUCUAUUCUAUGCAUUAGCUGUGGUUCCUGGCUUAUUUCGGUAAUUAAAAUUCAUUUUCUGUGAUAUGAAUAACAGGCAGAGACUGCAUAGAUAGGAAAAUCAUAUCUUGCUAGUGGGAUCCAGAAAUAAUAAAUCUACUUCAAAUUAUUAUUUUCUCCUUUGUUGCUUUUUAACCUGUAUAAAAUACCUAAACACCA